AUGACUGGUCACACCGACGCGGUCGUGGAGCGCAAUUUCAACCGAUGGCUCGAGCGCGUCCAAGAUAACCCCGUGCGCUUUCUCUCGCGUGCCGAGAACGACGAAGGUUCGGGCGUCUCGCGCGCGUUUUUCCUCGACGUCCGCGAUGCUCAGCACUUUGCCUCGACUCGACUUCGAUGGUCCUCCAACGUCCCUCUGCGCGCGCUAGACGAAGGUGCGGCGUAUUUAAUACCUCCUCGUACCGCGCGCUUCGCGCUUAUUUGCGACGCCGACGCCAACGUGGACGAAGCUGCGAAGAAAUUCGAGAGCGACUUCAAAGGCGUCGCGUGGUCGCUCGAAGCUGCGUUCGCGGGGACACCGGCGUUCUUCGACGCGUGUGCUGCGAUCGACGAAAGCGACGCCACAGAGUCAAAAUAUAAUGGGUUGUUUGAAGUAGUUCGCGGCGGUGGUACGCCCGCACCUCGCGAUCGACUUCGACUUUGGCAGCCGUCGCCGGAACUCGCGAGGUGGUUGCCGAGCGUCGAGCGCAAGAUGGAUGCUUUCAAAGACGGCAGGCGACCGACGUGCUUGGACGUGGGAUCAGGCGCGGGACGAGAUGCAGUGUGGGUGGCGAGUCGCGGAUGGAACGUCGUGGCGAUCGAUAACGAUAAAAGGGGAUUGGAUCGGUGCCGCUCUUUGGCAGAACGACACGGCGUGGAGGCGAGCGUUCGAACGCUCGAUUUAGAUUUGAAUAAGCGUGCGUCCGAAGAGACGCUCGCUACAAUCGACAAAAUACUCGCACUUGAGUCAUGGUCGCCCGUUUUAGCCGUAUACGCGGUGAGAUAUCUUCAUAAACCGUUCGUACGAGACCUGCCACGGAUGUUGCCGAACCGAAGCGCGGUGUUGUGGUUUCAUUUCAUGCGGGGAUGCGAGCGCACAUCCGUCGGACGACCGACGAAAGACCGCGAUUUGCUCGAGCCAAACGAGCUGCGUGACGUAUUCGCACUCUGGGAUGUCAUCAUCGACGACGUAGUGGAGCUACCAGAUGGGCGGCCGGUGAGCUCGUUUGCGGUGGUACGCGGUGCAAAGGAGGUGUAA